AUGGGGAACCGCAGCGCUGCAGACGCGGGUGGGCUGCUGGCCGGGCGUGGGCCGGACGCAGGGGCCCCGGGCGCGGGACUUGGGGUGGCGGGCUCGGCGGUGCUGGCGGGGGGCGUGCUGCUGAUAGGUGCGGUGCUGGCGGGGAACUCGCUCGUGUGCGUGAGCGUGGCCUCGGAGCGCGCUCUGCAGACGCCCACCAACUACUUCAUCGUGAGCCUGGCGGCCGCGGACCUCCUCCUCGCCCUGCUGGUGCUGCCGCUCUUUGUCUACUCCGAGGUGCAGGACGGCACGUGGCUGUUCAGCCCCCGCCUCUGCGACGCGCUCAUGGCCAUGGACGUUAUGCUGUGCACCGCCUCCAUCUUCAACCUGUGCGCCAUCAGCGUGGACAGGUUCGUGGCGGUGGCGGUGCCGCUGCGCUACAACCGGCAGGGUCGGCGCCAGCUGCUGCUCAUCGGCGCCACGUGGCUGCUGUCGGCCGCGGUGGCGGCGCCCGUGCUCUGCGGCCUCAACGAUGUGCGCGGCCGUGAUCCGGCCGUGUGCCGCCUGGAGGACCGCGACUACGUGGUCUACUCGUCCGUGUGCUCCUUCUUCCUGCCCUGUCCGCUUAUGCUGCUGCUCUACUGGGCCACGUUCCGCGGCCUGCGGCGCUGGGGGGCCACGCGGCGUGCCAAGCUGCAUGGUCGUGCGCCCCGCCGGCCCAGCGGUCCGGGCCCGCCCAGCCCCGGCUGCCCCGACUGUCCACUCCCCUCGCCGCACCUUCCCCAGAGCCCCGGCUGCCCCGACUGUCCACUCCCCUCGCCGCACCUCCCCCAGAGCCCCGGCUGCCCGGAUUGUCCACUCCCCUCGCCGCACCUCCCCCAGAGCCCCGGCUGCCCCGACUGUCCACUCCCCUCGCCGCACCUUCCCCAGAGCCCCGGCUGCCCCGACUGUCCACUCCCCUCGCCGCACCUCCCCCAGAGCCCCGGCUGCCCGGAUUGUCCACUUCCCCCACAGGGUCCCCCCCAGAGCCCCUGUGGCCUGGACUGUCCAUUCCCCACGCGGGGCCUCCCCCAGAGCUCCUGCUGCCCCCACUGCUCGUCCCCCGACGAUGCUAUCCCCGAGGCCCUCCCACGGCCCCCGACACCUGCCCGCAGGAGGACGCGCGCCAAGAUCACAGGCAGGGAGCGCAAGGCCAUGAGAGUCCUGCCGGUGGUAGUCGGGGCCUUCCUGGUGUGCUGGACGCCCUUCUUCGUGGUGCACAUCACCCGGGCGCUGUGUCCGGCCUGCUUCAUGCCCCCGCGCCUGGUCAGCGCCGUCACCUGGCUGGGCUAUGUCAACAGCGCUCUCAAUCCUGUCAUCUACACCGUGUUCAACGCGGAGUUCCGCAACGUCUUCCGAAAGGCCCGGCGCCUCUGCUGCUGCUGA